AUGUUAACCGUCCUCAGCAAUGAUGAUGUGCGGUCUCUACUGUUCUCACUAACAAGAGAUGAUGUGCGCGAGAUGCAAAUCAAUCUGGCACAGGCAUUAAAAGACUACUCCAGCGGGCAUCAAUACUCAGAAGAUUCAUCUGAAGUUGAACCAAGAGGCAGCACAAUAUCCAAAAGAGAUGGCCAAACCACCAUGUUCUUGCCUGUCAGAGCUGGAUCGAGUCAUGGAUAUAAGGUGAUGACAGUGGCAGACACGCCCAAAAACAUAAUUAACGAGAACAAAAUACGCCAGCAACGGCCAUUGUCAGCAUCAGCAUCUUCAAUGACUCUACGAACGGUGCCUACCCACGACUCAGUUCGUCGCCCCGUUGAUUUUACACCGAGUGGAGCAUUACUUCAAUUGGAAACUGCCGCACAGCGGUCCCAUUCGCGCCCAGCAAGUCCCAAACCUCCCGCACACCCAAAUAAAGAGGUAAACACUUCGUCUAGCUUGACGUUACUGGACUCUACUGGAUUGCCAUAUGGCCUUAUCAAUGCACAGGAGUUUACAGCAUUUCGCACUGCAUUGAACUCUCUCUUGAUUUUCUAUAGACGACAGAAGGUCAGCACCAUCACCGUAUUUGGCGCUGGCCGCCAAGCAUACUGGCACAUCCGUCUAGCUCUCCUGCUACGGUAUAACGAUAUCAAGCGCGUUAAUAUCAUCAACCGUUCUUUCGAACGAGCCACAGAUCUUCUUCGCACCAUUUACGCCGCUGACCAUGCAGAGUGGCGGCAGCAUGUCAAAUUUUCUGCGUUUAGUCGUGAUUUUGUGGAAUACGACAGACUACUUCGAGAAAGCGUUGUGAAAGCCGACGUUAUAUUCUGCUGCACGCGGUCCCUUGAGCCACUUUUCCCUGCAAAAAUACUAACCAGUUCUGACGGCCGACGAAAAGGCCGGUACAUCAGCGCCAUUGGUUCUAACUUGCCCACUGCAGCCGAAUUGGACCCAGAGCUACUUGCGAAUAUUGCUCGGCCAAAUGUCCAUCACAAGAAUCUGCCACACGGCAGCGUGAUAGUUGUGGAUAGCCUUGAAACUAGCCUUCAGCAUUCAGGGGAAAUAGUUAUGGCCGGUCUAGAACCACGGCAGUUGGUCGAGGUUGGUGAGCUCCUAAUGGUGAAAGAUGCAAUUGAAAAAGAAGCAAAUAAGCCGGACAAGGGACUCGUUGAAUGGAUUCAAAAGGGCAACGUUGUCUAUAAGUGCAUGGGGCUGGGGUUGAUGGACCUGGUUGUUGGUCAAGAUUUUAUUAGACUUGCAAGAGAAAAGAAGAUUGGUGCCACAGCAAAUUUUUAA